UCGCCUUUCCUUUUUGUCUCUGCAAGCCCGACUUCGCCGGCGAUGGGUGAUCCUCCGGUGCCGGUGAAAUCCCUGGCGGCCUUCCUUAUACGACGCCAUUCCGAUCAACUCAGCUCCAUCGCUCUCUCCCCGGAGCCCAAGCUCCAUUACCCUCUCUUCGUCGAUUUCGCGGAGCUUCUGGAGGACGAUCCUCCGCUCGCUCGUCUCGUCUUCUCUCAACCUACCGAGUACUUGCGGUUCUUCGACCAGGCCGCUGUUUGGGCUCACAAAGUCAUAUUGGGGGAUUUGAAAGGUUCUGACAAAGGGAUUAAAAAGGAGUUCAUUCAUGUUCGGAUCGAUGUCUGUGGUUCUCCCCUUGAAUGUGCUGAGACUUUUCCGAGAAUUGGUUGCGUGAGAGUGAAGCAUCAAGGGCUUCUUCUCACUCUCAAAGGGACGGUUAUACGGUCGGGAGCGAUCAAAAUGUACGAAGGGGAGAGGCUGUACAUGUGCCAGAAAUGCCAGCACAACUUCCUAGUUUAUCCCGAGUUAGAAACUAGAAACUCCAUACAACUACCAUCAUAUUGCCCAUCGCAGAGAUCUAAACCCUGCGAAGGCACAAAGUUCAGAUAUUUAGAAGGUUCCAUAACAUGCCAUGAUUAUCAGGAAAUAAAAAUCCAAGAAAGUACGCAAGUGUUGGGUGUUGGAGCUAUUCCUCGUGCAAUCCCUGUCAUUCUAAAGGAUGAUCUUGUCGAUAUUGUUAAAGCUGGAGAUGACAUUGUAGUUACUGGGGUUUUAACUGCAAAAUGGUCUCCUGACUUAAAAGAUGUUCGCUGCGACCUGGAUCCUGUGUUAAUUGCUAAUCAUGUGAGGAGAACUAAUGACCUGAAGUCAGACAUUAAUGUUCCUCAUGAUGUCCUUAUGAAAUUCAAGCAAUUCUGGUCAGAAUUUAAGGAUACCCCUUUGAAAGGGAGAAAUGCGAUUUUACGAGGUAUUUGCCCUCAGGUUUUUGGACUCUUCACUGUAAAGCUUGCAGUUGCAUUAACACUUAUUGGAGGUGUUCAACAUGUUGAUGUGUCCGGGACUAAGGUACGGGGAGAAUCUCAUCUACUUUUGGUCGGUGACCCAGGUACUGGAAAGUCGCAGUUUUUAAAGUUUGCUGCAAAGUUGAGCAACCGUUCUGUUAUCACUACGGGCUUAGGAAGCACGAGUGCUGGACUAACUGUCACUGCAGUCAAGGAUGGAGGAGAAUGGAUGUUGGAAGCCGGCGCCCUUGUUUUAGCAGAUGGUGGUCUUUGUUGCAUAGAUGAAUUUGAUAGAGUAUCUGUUUCCAGUGGAAAUCUCCAGAGCCAUUUCGCUAAAAGAGCUUCAUUUCUCUUCCUUAUGUUGCCAAUGCCCAAUCCACCCAGUUCCUUUGGUCUACAAACCUGCUCUCAAGCCACCAAGUGA